UUUCCUUGAGCAGGUCAGCCUAGUCGGCAUUUAGCUGAGGGUGGUUCCUGAGAACUCCCUCCCAUGGGAGGAGAACCCAACCUUCAAUGCUAUGGCGUUUCUCUUUUGCGCUGGUGGCUGCGAUCAACCCGCCCUUGGUGUCAAAGGACGACCUCAGCGACCUGGCGUCCUUCGCCCUCUGCUGUCAAGGGCAGCUCGCAGCCGAUGCGGCGCCCUCGAAGCUGUGUGGUCUUGAGCAGUGGCCCUGUGAGCUCCUUCUGGAUGCCCAACGUGGUUUCUUACAGCAGCUGACACUGACCAGUGCGGCAGAUGAGGGCAUCAGACCAGGUAUUGAGGAGAUGAAGCUGUUCUUCCAGCACCCCAUGGAGAGUUACUUGACAGGGGAAAUCACGGACCCGGUGUUCCUGGACAUCGAAUAUGUUUUGCCGGCGGUCCUUGGGGCACUCGCGAAGGAGAGUGGACACUCGGACGGCGGUCUCGAGACGGCCGGG